CUGAAGGACGAGUGAUUACUGGAGCAAUUAAAAGAUCAUCGACGCUAAUUUAAUCGCUUGAUGUCCAAAGCAACAUAUACUGUAUUUAAAAGUAGCUCGUGCCACUGACUAACUAACACCAGGGAGGUGUGUUUGGGCACAUUUCAGCACCGGACAGCUCUCUCCGCGAUUCUGGUGCUCACAAGCGCGCUUCUGGCACGUGCGUCUGGAUAGUGACCAGCCGGUGGGGAGCACGAGCAGAGAGCAUGGCGGACUCCCCGCGGAAUCCUGACCACCACGACUGCUGCUAACGCCGAGCCUCGAGAGAUGAGCAUACCGGAGUUCCUACUGGAAGUGUCCAUUGUGGUGAUAGCCGUUGUCUCGUUGUUGACAAACCUGUCAGUGCUGCUAUGCUUCACCCAGAGCGCAGAGUUAAGAUCUCACGUGCCAGGCAUCUUCAUCCUAAACCUCUCCUUUUCCAACAUCCUCCUCACCAUCAUCAACAUGCCAGCCACUUUUGUCGGAGUGGCCGAGAGCACAAAGCCCUUCGGGGACCUGUUAUGCCAAGCUAUCAGUUUUGCUGAGACUUUUCUCACCGCUAACGCGAUGUUGAGCAUGGCCGCGCUGAGCCUGGACAGGUGGGUCGCGGUGGUGUUCCCCCUCAGUUACUCCAGCAAGAUGCGCUACAGAGACGCUUUUCUGAUCGUGGCGUACUCCUGGAUGCACUCUCUCACCUUCGCUCUGACCCAGCUGCUCAUGGAAUGGGGAGGUUACAGCCACACUUACGCCUCGUGCACCGUUCACCUGGACGCGGAGAAGAGGUCGCAGCUGACCGCCUAUGCGACCUUCACGGCGCUGUUCCACUGCGGCAGCUUUGCACUCUGCCUCCUCGUCCUGUGCUUCGCCUACCUGAAGGUUUUGAAAGUGGCCAGGUCCCACUGCAAGAGGAUAGACGUCAUUACAGUGCAGGCUCUGCUCCUGCUGGUUGAUAUCCCGCUCAGUGUGAAGGAGAGGUGUCUAGCUGAGCAGAAGAAGAGGAGGCAGCGCGCGACUAACAAAAUUUGCAUCUUCAUCGGCACCUUCAUCCUCUGCUUUUCACCCUAUGUUAUAACAAGGUUGGUUGAGUUGUUGCCCUCUGUCCACAUCCCCCGCUACUGGGGCAUGACCGCCAAAUGUCUGUCCUAUGCCAAAGCCUCCAGCGACCCGUUUGUCUACUGUCUGCUGCGGCAGCAGUACAGGAAGGUCCUAGUUAGUAUCAUCAGCCGGGUUGUAAGAAAUAAUCACUACAUGCUGGCUGUCUACGGCGCGACCAGCACGCUGGACACCACAGACGAGAACUGCAUUGCCAGAAUCACCUGAGCUUGACGUGCAAGUAUUUCAAUGAUUCAACACCUGCAUCCCUCCUGCAGAAGUCCGGCUCUCUGAAAAGCAGCAGCCCUCCAGAUGGAAGGGAGUCAGUGCCUUGCUCAAGGACAUGUAUGCAGGAUGUAUACAGCACGCUGGCCUCUGAUGUGUGCCAAAGGCCGCUUCAGCCUCUGCAGAAUGCUGUUACUACAGGGCCUGGCAGUCCGACUGCUACUUAGGCGUUGCCGAGAACACACCACAUGAAACCCUGUAUACACUGUGUUCAUUAUCAUCAAUGCAAAUGUGUGGUUGAAGAAACCUAAAUUAGUCAGGAAGUGGUCUCCGUGUUUCGGUGAAAGAACUUGGAAGAAAUGUUCAUUCUGAUGACUGUUGAAGUUAUUAAAGUUGUUGUUAAUAAGGAACUUGUGUAACAUGUAAAGUAUAAAAAUAGGUGUGAGGAUGUUAUAUCACUGCACAGAUUGAAGAAUA